UCGGCUCGGAUCCCUGCCCCCGCCGCGUUGCAAGCCAUGGUUCUCUCCCGGGCAGGGCCGCAGCUAUGUGGCAGCUGCCAAAGCGGCUCAGAGGCGCCACCGCAUGGACGGCACAGGAAAGUCCCCCAGUCCUCCGCCUGCGAGCCAGCGCGCUGCGCUUUACGUGCAUUGGCCCUAUUGUGAGAAGCGCUGCAGCUACUGCCACUUCAAUAAGUACAUCCCCCGCGGUGUGGAGGAGGCGGCCAUGCGCAACUGUCUGGUGAUCGAGGCGCAGACGCUGCUGCGGUUCAGCGGAGUGCGACGGGUGGACUCUGUAUUUUUUGGUGGUGGGACCCCCAGUCUGGCCAGCCCCCACACCGUGGCCGCUGUCCUGGAGGCGGUGGCACAGGCAGCCCACCUGCCUGCAGACUCGGAAGUCACACUGGAGGCUAACCCCACUUCAGCCCCAAGCCCCAAGCUGGCAGGCUUUGGGGCAGCGGGAGUCAACAGGUUGUCUAUUGGCCUUCAGUCCCUGGACGACACUGAGCUGCAGCUGCUGGAGCGGACACACUCGGCCAGGGAUGCCCUGCAGACGUUGGCAGAGGCCCGGCGUCUCUUCCCUGGCCGUGUAUCUGUGGACCUGAUGCUGGGGCUGCCAGCACAGAAGGGGCCGUGGCUCGGGCAACUGCAGGAGCUGCUGCGCCACUGUGACGACCACCUCUCCCUCUACCAGCUGUCCCUGGAGCGGGGCACCGCACUCUUUGCCCAGGUACAGCAGGGCACCCUUCCUGCACCAGACCCGGAGCUUGCUGCUGAGAUGUACCAGGAAGGUCGGGCCAUCCUUCAGGAGGCUGGCUUCCGUCAGUAUGAAGUCUCCAAUUUCGCCAGGAAUGGGGCGCUCAGUACCCACAAUUGGACUUACUGGCAGUGUGGUCAGUACCUUGGCAUUGGGCCUGGGGCUCAUGGCCGAUUUAUGCCCCAUGGGGCUGAAGGCUACGUCCGGGAAGCUCGGAUCCAGACGCUGGAGCCUGACAACUGGAUGAAGGAGGUGAUGCUGUUUGGUCAUGGUACCCGGAAGCGUGUCCCCCUGAGCAAGCUGGAGCUGCUGGAGGAGUGUGUGGCCCUGGGGCUACGCACUGAUGUGGGGAUCACUACCAGCACUGGCAGCGGUUUGAGCCCCAGCUAACUCUGUGGGAUGUGUUUGGAGCGAGCAGGGAGGUGAAGGAGCUGCUACAACAGGGCCUGUUGCUGCUGGACCACAGGUGUGUUGGGAGCAGUGGGACAGGGGACUUAGAGGUCUUGGGGAGCCCUGACUACAGAUCCAGAAGCCUGGGAAAAGCAAGAAAG